UUGUUUGUUGUUAUCAACAUCAGUAAACAUUCAGCGCAGCAACGUUAAAAUUAGCUGCUAGGUGUAUUUAAGCGUAGAUUUUACUAUUUUAUCUCGACAUUUGUUGUUCCAGAAGUUCUCAAAGUCCACCGUUCCAGAAAUACGCAAUUAUUGGUCCAAACCAGCAAAGGGGAACUAUAUUCGCCAUCUGCUGCUAAUAUCAGACCCGUAAAUGAACCGGAUGGCUCGCGCUGGAUUUCGCAUCGCGCUGCUACAGCUGAAGGUAGGCGCAAACAAGGCACAAAACAUUGAAAAUGCUUUGGCGAAAAUACGCGUCGCCGUAGCGGACAAAGGGGCCCGUGUGGUGGCGCUACCCGAAUGCUUCAACUCACCCUACGGCACGCAACACUUUCCGGCCUACGCAGAAGAAAUCCCGACCGGUGAAACGAGCCGCAGCUUGGCGGCGAUAGCGCAGGAGCUCGGCAUCUACCUGAUCGGCGGAACGAUACCGGAGAAAUGUCCAGCGGAUAACAAACUGUACAACACCUGCACCGUAUGGUCCCCGGACGGUGGCCUCAUCGCGACGUACCGCAAAAUUCAUCUGUUCGACAUUAACAUACCGGGUGGGAUAACGUUCCGCGAGUCGGACGUACUGACCGGUGGCAGCAACCUAGCCACGGUGUCGAUUGAUGGAGCAAAAAUUGGCCUCGGCAUUUGUUACGAUAUACGGUUCGAUGAGCUGGCCCGAUUGUACCGGAACCAGGGGUGUGAUAUGCUAAUUUACCCCGGUGCGUUUAACAUGAAAACGGGCCCGCUGCACUGGGAGCUGUUGGCUAGGGGCCGGGCGAACGAUACGCAAUCGUACGUGGCGACUAUUUCGCCGGCACGCGAUCCAUCCGCCGGGUACGUUGCCUGGGGCCAUUCGAUGGUGGUCGAUCCGUGGGCGAAGGUUGUGACGGAGGCGAGCGAAGAGGAGGCAACGGUCGUUGCGGACGUGAAUCUCCAGACGGUGGAUGAGGUACGGGCACAGAUUCCGAUAUUCAGUCAGCGCCGAACCGAUCUGUACCGAACGGAGGGUUUGGGGCAGUAGCCCAGUGGCCAGUGUGUUGUUACCCGUAACAAAUUGUUAAAAAUAUACAAAAGUCUUUAUCGUUCUGCUUAGCGGAACGCGUUUUAAUCACUCCAAGGCUUCCCACGUCGUGGUUAUUGCGGUUUACGUGCGGUUAAGCUGUGGAUUGUGGAUGAUUCAUUGGCUUUCGAUUGACAGUAAUGAAUGUUAUCGUACGCAGAUAAAGCUGAAACCGGACAUAGAUAUUGUUCCAAGCUAUCGGUUGAUAACGACCACAGCCGUUCGGAGAAGCUAGAUUGGCUGGUGGAAUGCAACUUCAGUUCCAAUUUGUCUGGUUUCAAAGGUGUCUCGCAAUGCAGGUUCAUUCGAUUGUAUCAGCAUUUCUUAUCCUGCUCGGCUGGAUGACCGUGUGCAAUGCGAUUUGUAGCUUCGGAAUAGGUGACAGAGUGCCCGGUCAGCAGCUGCUGCACAACAUAACCAUUACGAAAGGACCGUUGGAAGUUGAGCAAUUGAUUCAGCUGGAGCUGAACUAUCGCGCUAGCCCGCUACAGAAUGAAGUAAUCACGUUCGUACAGCUAGAUGGAACCGGUCCCGGUUGUUCCGCCAGCAUAAACAGCAAUGUGGACCGCAAAAAGCAGUUCCUCGGAACGGUGUUCAGCGUAACGCAGUUGAAGGAGUUUACCGUGCAUCUCUCGGUGUACGGUACCGUAGGAGUAAAUGCUCAAUAAUUGCGAUUAAAUUAGCAGCGUAA